AUGCCCAACAAAUUGCGAGAUGAUCUUCACAAGGUCGACACAACCUCCUUCGAAUAUAUUUAUGAGGAGAAUGCCACCAUCCCCCUGAACGAAGGGCGUGGCAUUGUGCGGUGCAAUGUAUUUCGGCCUAAAGGUUCUGAAGACGCCAAAUUCCCAGUGCUUGUGACAUACGGUCCUUAUGGCAAAGAUAUUCACUACUCGGUGUUUCAUGCUGCUUCAUUUGCAGAAGUGCCAGAGGAGCAUCACUCGCCUCACUCAGCCUGGGAAACCCCCGACCCUGGUUAUUGGACACGUCAUCAGUACGCCAUUGUUCGAGCUGAUGAGGUUGGUCUCGGUCAGUCGCCAGGUGUGCUCAACACCAUGUCCAGAGAUACCAGCCUUGCCUUCAAGGACGUUAUCGAAUGGGCUGCUUCUCAGCCGUGGUCAUCUGGAAAGGUCGGCUUGCUUGGAAUUAGUUACUAUGCUGGCAGUCAGUGGCGAGUGGCGGCACGUCGCCCUAAAGGCCUAGCAUGCAUCGUCCCAUGGGAAGGCAUGAGUGAUUACUAUCGCGAUCGUUGCAGACAUGGCGGAAUCUUGUCGAACACUUUCAUAGACUUUUGGUGGAAUCGUCAGGUCAUUGUCAAUCAAUAUGGUCGACCAGGAAGAGCUGCACGCAAAUGGGGUCCAGACACAAUCGAGGGGAAUUUGGAUGAAGAAGAACUCCGCGCAAACUGUCAUGACCAGAACGUCGACAACGUCAAGAACCAUUUUCUCGAUGAAGACUAUUAUGCUACGAAGGACUACGAUAUGUCAGACAUCGAAGUACCUCUUCUGUCUGUCGGAAACUGGGGAGGCAUCUUGCUGCACCUCCGCGGCAAUGUGGAAGGCUUCAUGAAUGCAGGAUCUCGGCAUAAAUAUCUACGAUUUGUCACGGGACGACACGAUCUACCCUUCUACACCAAGGAGUGCGUGGAUCUGCAACGGAGCUUCCUUGAUGCUUUCCUCAAAGGCAAUGACCCUCUAGGAUGGUCUCGAGAUGAGCAGCCCAAGGUGGGAUACAAGAUCCGGGUCGGUGAUGUCGGAUUCAAUGAUGCAGCUGCCGAAGCAGCCUACCCGACUCGAUAUGAAGAGGCAUGGCCCAUCCCUGGCACGAAAUAUACCAGAUACUAUCUCACUCCGGACCACGGCUUGGCAGAAUCGCCUAGUGAGAAAGACGGAAAGCUCUCGUACAAAGCACUGGGUGAUCUGAAGAACCAACAACUUGUUCAAUUCACCAGCGAACCGUUUAAAGCAGAGACCGAGUUCACAGGUCAUGUUGUGGCGCACUUGAACGUUUCAGUCACUGCUGAGGAAGGCUCUGCAACGAAACCAAGUGACAUCGACUUGUUCUUGACCGUCAGACAUUUGAACGCCGAAGGAAAGGAAAUCCUGUACACCGGCACUGUUGGUGAUCCUGUUCCGGUCACAAAGGGUUGGCUUCGUGUCAGUUUACGGAAAGUCAAUGAGAAUAGCCCGAGACACCAUGCCUGGCAUCCUCACCGUGAGUAUCGAUCAACCGACCAUUCGCCACUGGUUCCUGGUGAGGUCUACCCUGUGAACGUGGAGAUUUGGCCCACCAAUGUAGUGAUCUCACCAGGAGACAAAUUGGUCUUCGAGGUCUCAUCGGGCGACACACAAGGUGCAGGAUUAUUUGAGCACAAUUCCAAGGAGGAUCGAAACGAAGCGACUUUUGGUGGGACGAAUCAUAUCCACUUUGGCAAGGAUCAUGAGAACUGGCUUAUGAUGCCUCUCGUUCCUGCGAAAAAGUCCGCAGCAUGA